AUGGCUAUACAUCACUUACCACCGGAAUCUCAAUGGAAGAUAGUUUCUAGUUCCUUUAUUUAUGGUCCAGUGGCUGCUGUAAGAGAAUUAUUAGAUAAUAGCAUUGAUUCGGGUGCCAAAAAAAUAUUUGUUGAUGUAGAUUCCGCCACAGGGGGAUGUGAGUAUAUAUCUGUCAAGGAUGACGGAUCUGGAGUGGACAUUAGCGACAGACCUUCCAUGUGCUUGGAACACACCACGUCGAAGAUAAGUACUCUCGGAGAUAUUUCGAUUCUGACUACUUUAGGGUUCAGAGGUGAAGCAUUAUUUCUUUUGUCAACUUUGUGUAAUCAACAAGGCUCAAUGCAGGUUGAAACAAAAACUGCAAAUGAUGUCAUUGGGGAAAAGUGGUUAAUUGAUAAUGAGGGUGGCGUUACUAAUGGAAGAAGGUAUAAAGUAUCUUGUCCCGUUGGGACUACGGUAAUAUUAAAGAAACUUCUGGGCGGAUUGAGAGCAAGAUAUCUUGAAAUUUCUUCGAAACCAAGAAGAACAUUUGACGAAUUGACUUAUUUGAUAAACCAUUAUUCUCUCAUCCAUAGGAAUAUUCGGUUUUAUUUUUCACUGGUAUCGUUACGAAAAAACGGUACUAUAGAGCGUAAACAAAUGCAAGAAAUGUUAGACCCCAACAUUUCUAGAGCAAGAAGCUUAUCCCUACUAGCGAGACUAAAGAAGCCUGUAUCACUAAAUUUUAUCGUGGAAGAAAAGUUUGUUAUUGACGAAAAAAUGACUCUGGAUCUGAUCUUACCAAGAAUGGUUCCAGAAUCAGACGUUGUCAAUAUGAAGAAGCGGAUUAGAUUUUUAUCCGUUAAUGAGAGAGCACUAUCCUUGAAAUUAGAGACAGGGAAGGCCAUUCUAAGGCUAGUAUCGUCAAUCUAUAAAAAUUUAAGUCUAUUAGAGCCUAUGAUUUGGUUUAUCAAUUUGAAUUGCGAUUCAAAACUAAUCGACGUGAAUAUUGAACCAGAGAAAAAUGAUGUGAUGAUCAAAAGUUUUGAAGUGAUAGUUAAAAAAAUAGAAACCAAAUUAAAGCUUUUAUUGGAGGAGAGAAUUGAAAUCAAGAAGAAUAUACUGACAGACGAGAAUGUUCAGUCUCCUGUAGAUAAUGUAAUUACCUCCACAUUCGAAAUGCUUACACCUGACGCGGAGAAUGAAAUAUUAAAAAGUUGCAAUAAUGCUACAGGAAGAGAUAAGACUGGGAGUGAGCAGGAGAACUCAGAUUCGAUAGUACCAACUUAUUACGAUGAAUCAAAUCUGGAGAAUACAACUAUAGUCGCUACUACUCCUUCACCUACCAAAGUUUGCACAAAUAAAACUUUUCACCAGAACAACCAGCUGGAGAAUCGAUACCAUAGCACCUCGAGUUCCGGGUCCAUGGCUUCCGAGGAUGGCACUAAUUGGCGUCAUAACUUUCAACAAGAGUUAAGUGAAAAUAAUGAAGUAGCAGGUGCUGAAUCCUCAACGUUGCCUUCCUCUCUAACUUACAACUACAUAGAAACUAUUCCAGAAAAUGAAGAUUUAGAACUCUCAAAGGAUGCUUCCAUUUCUAAUCCUUUCAUGAUCACAAAAAUAAGGAACGUCAACCGGAAACUGAGUGAAAAAUCAUCCAACGUCCAACACAACAGCAGCGAAAUUCCUAAUGUAGGAAAAAUACGCGAGGAAAGGCAGCUCUCAAAAGCAGCAGAGGAGGAACUAAUUAAACUUCAGCAUACUUACAGUAAGAAAAACAACGUCGUGGACACUGCCGUUUCAAACCAUAUGAAACAGAAAAAUAUUGACACGUAUGCAAAGAGUGUGUCCUGCAUGCACAAUAAAAAACCAAAGCUCAUGCAUUUCUCCGAAUACACCAACAACUACGUCUUUACUCAGAAGAAUGACUUCUUUCCAAAGCAUGGUACCGAUAGCUUUACCAAAGAAAUCCUGUGGCUACAAUCCAGAAAUGAUCCCACAAUUCCUUCUCCCAGUCUUUUAAAAGGCUUACGAGCGCAUGUGAAGAAGCAGGGUCGUAUCGAAGCCACGGCAAAUGAGUGGUACCUUUUUACUCCAGACAGCCUCUGA